AUGCCUGCCCUGAAACUCACCGAGGCGGAGCGGCCAUUCAGUGUCGCCAUCAUUGGCGCAGGCAUCGGCGGAUUAGCUCUUGCGGGCGGACUACUCCGAACUGGCGUCCCGUUCACGCUCUAUGAGGCGGCCGAGUGCUUCAGCGCUGUUGGGGCUGGCGUCGGGCUCGGGCCCAAUGCUAUCCGGGCCAUGGAAGCUAUCCAGCCGGGCUUCACGGAGCUUUACCAAGGCAUUUCAAGUGGCAACGUGACUCCGGGGAAAGAUCAUGUCAUGAUGGACGCGAUGUUGGUCGAGGAGGGCCUCGGUGAGGGUCGGGGGCUUAGGCCCAUGUCCUAUGGUGCACCGUGCUACAUGCGGACGAGUGCACAUAGGAAGGACCUCCUCGAUAUCAUGACGGCGGAUAUCCCCGAGGAGUGCGUCCGUUUUAGCAAGCGAGUCAAGUCCCUCUCGCAGGAUGAUGCAAGGGGCGCCGUAAUCGAAUUUGAGGACGGUGAGAUAGCCACGGCAUCCUGCGCCAUCGGCGCCGAUGGCGUCAAGGGCGUCUCGCGUGGUGUGGUGCUGGGUGAUCGGUGGCCCGAGUACGUUCGGGCGCGGUAUACUGGCAAGUACGUCUACAGGGCCAUGAUCCCGAUGGAGGACGCUAUGCGCGUGCUCGGGCGGGAUGUGGACGGCAACGAGAUUGCCGGCGACGCCAAAAUGUUCAUGGGCGACGAGUGCAUCAUCACGACCUUUCCCAUCUCGAGCGGAACCAAGAGCAACAUGGUUUGUUUCCGCCUUGACGACAAGCCGUGGACGCAUCCCGAGUGGACGAAGCCUGUGUCUCGUGAGGAGAUGACACGCGACAUAGCAGAUCUCGGGGUGGAUAAACGGCUGGUAAAGCUGCUAGAUUGGGCGAAACCGCUACGAUGGGGUCUCUUCCACCAUCUCGUCACGCCCACGUACUUUAACAAGCGCAUCUGUCUGCUGGGCGACUCUGCCCAUGCAACUCUGCCGCAUCAAGCCGCGGGCGCCGGGCAAUGCAUUGAAGAUGCCCUGGUCAUGUCACGGCUGCUGGGGCUGGUGAGGGACGCGACGCAGAUUGAGACGGCCUUCUCCGUCUUUGACGCCAUCCGGCGGCCGCGAGCCCAGCGCAUCGUGCAGACGAGCCAGGAGGCGGGCGACCUGUGCGCCUUCAAGGCCCCGGGGAUUGGUUCCGACAUGGACAAGAUCGUGGAGAACCAGGCGCAGAGGUAUCUCUGGAUUUGGCUCCACGACCUGGACGAGGAUGUCAAAAAGGCUGAGGCCGAAUUCAACGUGUUGGCUGGCGGGCUCGCAUCAUCAUCAGCUGUUACAGGAGACAAUGAGAAGCAGAAGUAG